GGAGCUUUUUCUCAACAAAUUCAUAAAUAGGUGCUUGCAGAAAAUACUUAGCCCUUCAGAAAUGUCCAGCAUGGGUCUGCAGAGAAUUUUCACAGGCCUGCUCUUAUUUUCAGUGUCUGUAUGUUACAGUAAACUGUCUUGUAAAGAAGGCCACAGCGGUCCAACCUAUAAAUCCAUGCAGGAAGUGUUUGACUUACAGUCCUUCAGACCAGCUGUAAACCUCAGCAACCCCACCAUAGCCAACAUCUCCUUCACUCUGUAUGCUGUCCUUGGGGUGAAUGAGAAAACUCAGAUAGUUACUACUUUCUUGUGGCUGAGACUGUACUGGCAUAAUGAGUUCCUGGUUUGGGACCCUGUUGAGUGUGAUGGAAUCACCAGGAUCUCUCUUCCUGUGAAGCAACUCUGGUCUCCAGAUAUCAUUAUUUAUGAGUUUGUGGAUGAUGAUGUUUCCCAAGCAUGCCCUUAUGUCUACGUCAACCACACAGGUCACAUCCGCUGGGACAGGAUGUUGCGGCUUGUCUCCGCCUGCAACCUGGAGAUCUUCAGUUUUCCUUUUGACGUGCAGAAUUGCACAUUUACAUUUGGCUCCUACAUGCACACCAUACGGGAUGUAAGGGUCAGUCCAGCCCUGGCCUUUGAGGAGAUAUCUGGAAAUUCAAAACGUUACCUGGAAACCAGUGGAGAGUGGGAGCUGGUGGACAUACUGGGAGAGACUUCCAUCCUUCAGUUUGGGAUCGAUGAGUGGGACAUCAUCACUUUCUGGGUGGUCAUAAAGCGGCGUCCGGUGCUCUAUGUGGUGAACCUGCUGAUCCCCAGCUCCUUCCUCAUGCUCAUUGACAUCCUGUCCUUCUACCUGCCUCCCCAUAGUGUUGACCGUGCAUCUUUCAAAAUGACCCUCAUCCUGGGCUACACCGUCUUCCUGCUCAUCAUGAAUGACCUGCUGCCUAGCACAGCAAACGGCACUCCCAUCAUAGGUAUCUAUUUUUCUGUGUGUCUGGCACUCAUGGUCAUCAGUCUGCUGGAGACAGUCAUCAUUACUAAUGUCCUCCACCACAGCUCCAUGAAGUAUCAGGAGGUUCCAAAAUGGGUUAGGGUGGUUGUCCUUAAACAUAUAGCCAACCUCACCUGUUACCGCUGGCAGGAUGAUGAUGAUGUCUGCCCCCCCUCUGUAUCACAAAAUAAUAAACCUGAAAGCUCAUGUGGCAGCUCAGGCCCAUGGAUAAUCCAACCAGCUUGCCAGGAACCUGAGCAGCCUACACCCAUCAACAGGGUUGUAGAUACUCCACCGGAACUGCGACAGAUCUGUCAAUACCUAGGAGAACUUCAUUCUCAUCUCACCUCCCUGCAGAAGGAGAGCAAGCUGCAGGACCUGUGGUGCCAUGUAGGAUAUAUCCUUGACGUCCUCCUCUUCCGCAUCUACUUGCUGCUAAUCUCCUGCUAUGCCCUGGUCAUCAUCUGCAUGUGGUGCAUCUGGAUCAGCCAGUCCUAACUGAAACUGCAGUCAGUUGUGGCUGGGAUUCACAAAUAACAAAAGUGACAAAAAAAUGAAAACAUAAUUUGUGUUCACAUUUCAAUGUUUUAGGAUAAGGGCUUUAUAAUAUCCAUCAUCAUUAUCAUCAAGUGAUAAUAUCAUUGGUUGUAAUGUCUUUCAACAACAAAAAUACAAAUACAAUGGUGUGAAAAAUUGUUAGCCUCCUUCCUGAUUU